AUGUCGACACGGAUCGCGCCUACAGACCAACACGAAGGCGUGCCCAGCACACCUGAAGGUCGCCAUCCAGCUUCGAAUAAACGGAAAGGAAAGGGUGCAGGGGGCACGCCAGUUGUAGCGCAGCAUUCUGCGGAGGGCAAGCGUAGAAAAAUACGGUCAACUGCGCAUGGCGACGCAAGCUUUGCUGCUCAGGGUGUGCACGCGAACGAUGUCAAUGGGCCAAUGUGGCAGACAAUAGUCGCUUUCCGUACCUCGCUUGGCAAAGGCUUUAACCGCGUGCUUGACGGCGGGUUCACAUUAGCCAACGCUCGGCGCAUGGUCGGGGAAAAGUAUGAGCUUGCGGCUGGGACGAACAUACACCUCUCUUACGAGGCCGCAGAUGGGACGCGGAUUGAUCUGGAAGACAAUGAGGAUUUUCGUGCGUUUCACGUCCAUGCCUCGCGCGAAUCUACCGCAACCAUAUUUGUAGAUGCACAGGCGAGCAGCGUCGGCUCAGCGCCUGAUGCAGCUGAGGGCGUUCCUUCCAAAAACCGCGGCCGUCGCGGGCGUGGCGUUUCAAAGCAUAUGGAGGCUGCACCUGAACCAGUGGACCCGCCUAUUGAGGAAAUUCCAGUGGAGUCCACAUCGUCUGGGCCUCAGAAAAACGCAAAAAAAACCAAGAAGCAUACCGAGCCGACGAGGGAGCCGGAACCAGAAUCGGCACCUCAAGAGACAACUACUGCUUUACAGCCGAGCACCGAUCAGGAUGAUGAUGAUGCGCCGCUCUCUUCGCAAACUGCACACACAGAGUCACAGCAUGAAAAAGCAAAACGCCCACGCCGCACCAAGGCAGAAAUGGAAGCGUUCCGUGCGGAAAAGUCUACCAAGAAGGCCGAGAAAGCGUCUGAGCGUGCAAACAAGGUGAAUGGCACGGUCACUACCCCGGUUGCCGAGGCGGAAGCCGAUACGACUGCCGCGAUAGGCGACGAGACCACCAUUGCGCAUGACUCUCGCAAUGAAGAACACGUUGCUGCGGCGUCCACAGCCGUGCAGGCGCUGAUCGCACAAGGCAAAGAAGCAAUUGAUGAGCGCCUGAACGAGCUCAAGGGGAAGAAACAGCGCAAGAAUGCGACAGAACGCGAGGAGCAAAAGAUGCUGGUACGGAUCAUCAAAGGCACGCCGAGUGCCCCACCGAGCGAGGUGGAUGUAUUUUCACGUAAGUUCACAGCACAUUCAAAGAAUGCAUGCUCACCCAUGGCCGAUGAAAGGAAUCUAGAUAAACGCUCACUCACACAACCUGCGCACGACGCCAGCACCUCGGCAGCAGACGCGUCUGCGAGCGAUGACAGCCGCGAGUACUUUUCUCAACCCGAAUCUCACGCGGGCAUAUACAACCAGGUCCAAGGCCCUGCACCGCGGCCGAUGGAAAGCACGCCGCAACGCAUGCGCGAUUCGAGCGCCGAUUCGCGCCGGUCCAUGUCCGGUGCAUUUGCCAAGCUCUCUGAGCUGCGUCCCUCUGCUUUGCGCCGUACUUUUUCGCAGCAAGAUAACGCCGCAGGGUCCACAAGUGCUGCUGAAGUGAGUGCGGAUAUUGGCGUUCGAGACGACGCGUCUGAUGAUGAGGACGAGUCGAGCGAGACGGAGACAUCCUCCUCAGAUGACGACGCGUCUGCGUCCGUACCGCUGACCAAAAUGGCUGGUGCUGGUGCAAAGGCUUCUGCAGCGGGUGCAUCGCGCGAGAAACUGAAGCGUUCAUUCUUUUCAGCAUUGAGCUAG